AUGUCUGACGAUAAAGAAAACACAUAUUUUGACUCCCUGUGUGAAGUGGAUCAGGUUCUACAAUCCAGUCAUGAAAUACUACAAGAUACGAUGAAGAUACUGAAGAAAUUGACAGACGACAGCGCAAGUGAUGCAGUAUUGUUGAAAUCUCUAGAGGAACUACAUGGUUCCUAUUAUAAAUUGGUGGAUACUACCGCAGAUUUAAGGUAUAGCAAACUACAAGCAAGGGAGCAUCAAAUUUCAAAUGAGAAUAAAUUGGAUAUAGAGAAUAGAGAAUACAUUAUAGGUACGAAGUCGUGGCCAGACCUCAGACAAUAUGUUACAUACCUGGAAAAUAUUAAUCAGGAUUCGCUAGAAUAUAUCAAUUUGCUUAAUAAACUUUCGGUGGAACUAGUGAAACAAGUAGAUAUUUCGAAUCCAGAUGUAUCGGAGUUUGUAUUUGAUAAAUGGAAACCUCCAGCAGAAUUACAAAAGAUUAUUGAUAAUUAUUAUGAUAAUGACGACAAAAAAAUUGAUACUUUGAAUGGGGAUUUACAAGACUACUUCAACAGUAUAAAAUUGUCUCGUGCUACGUAUACUCUUGAGAACAAAUAUUUGCUUCAAAGACAUCUGACAGAAUUGAAUAAAGAAGCUAACUAUUGGAGGGGAGAGUUGGAUAAUAUUGAGUUACUCUUAUUUGGUGAAGGACCGCAUUCUAUAAGAAAAGUACUGAAAAAUGUUGAAACACUAAAAAAUAAACUGAAAUCAGAAGAUGUAGCAUAA